CCCAACUUAUCCCUUCUCUUCUGAUCUCUCUAGCUUUGUUUUGUAAUACCAAAUGGAAACAUACCAAAUGGAAAUGGCCGUCGAUCCGCACUCGUCGUCUGUAAUGACCGCCGACGAAACGAAGAAAGAAAUUAGUGUUCCCCGAGCUCAUACUGACCAACAGUUUGAUGUUGCCUCUCUGGCCAGCAACAAGAAGCUGUUUGAAAUGACCGACGACGAGAUAAAGAAAGAAAUUAGUUUCCCCCGAACUCAUACUGACCAAAAGUUUGAUGUUGCCUCUCUUUUUGCCAUUGUCACAAACAUUCUCGACCCUGCUACCAUUGCUGCUGACAAUGUUUUUCGGGGUACUAAACAGCCACACAUGGAGAUCAAGGGUGAAAGGGCCAUCGCGACAAGCUUCAUCCCACCAUUAUGUACACUCAAGGAACUUUCCUACGAGAUGGCAUGCAAGGAUCCGGGUGUAGAAACUGCUUACAAAACAACGAAGUCAAUACUAGAAAAACUCAAAGAUUAUUCAUGGCAUGCGAAGGCAGUAUUGACACUUGCGGCUUUUGCUUUGGACUAUGGAGACUUCUGCAGACACCUUGAUCAGUUUCACUCAUCAGACCAACUUACCAAGUCAUUAGGGAUCUUAAAAGGGAUACCUACUCUCCUAACGCAGCCAAGCAUUGAUCAUAAACACGAGGGUGCGAUUGUUGAACUUAACAAACUGAUCAAGGACACAUUGAAUGUCAUUGAUUGCAUUGUUACGUUGGAGGAACGAUCUGUUAAGCAUAAUCCAAAUGAUCUACCAGCACUCUCAAUAGCCACGAACAAUAGCUCAAUAUAUGUCUUUUGGGCUAUCAUAACUGUUGUAGUUUGCACGACCCGGAUGUGUUGUCUUAGUAAAGAUGAGAGCAAGACACAUGAACUUUCACGGUUUUCUGAGAAAAUUAAUGACAUCCAUGGCAAACUAAAAUUGCAGAUACAACUUUGCAAUGAAGAAAUAGAGAAAAUAGAGGCAUAUUGGAAGCUUAUAAGAUUCUUAAAAGAGCCGCUUGACAUUGCCGAGGUCUUGAAGGCGCUAAUUUUUGCCAGCGACAACCGGCAACGAGUCAAAGUUUUUCCCAACGAAUUGAUCCUCGAAGCGGUGAAAACAAAGAAUGUGUUGUUGUUCUUUACGGACUUGGACAUUGAAAAAAUCUCAGAAUAUGUAUCAAUUCGCACCCCCAUUUAUGAAAACAUACCAAGCAAAUACAAGGAUAAGUAUGAGGUUGUUUGGAUACCAAUUGUGGAUCAGUGGACCGAUGGCAUGCAAAAGAAGUUUGAGUUGCUGCGGUCUCAGAUGUCGUGGUUCGUAGUGCAAAACUUUUCUUCUAUAUCGGGUAUCAAGUACGUUAGGGAGCAGUGGCACUUUAAGAAUGAGCCUAUCAUUGUGGUGCUGAACCCACAAGGGACCGUGGAACACCAUAAUGCAGCCCCCAUGAUUAAGAUAUGGGGACCAAGGGCUUUCCCUUUCACUCAUUGGAAAGAUGAAGAACUGCGCAAAAGUGAAGAUUGGUUUGGAUCCUUAAUGCUUGAAUUCAGUCCUGACAUACCAACUUGGAUCCAAGAGCGGAAGCACAUUUUCUUUUAUGGAGGCAAGGAUUCCACAUGGAUCAAAGAAUUUAGUAAGGAAGCAACAGGCUUCGCUAAUGAUGAGGUACUAAAGGGUGCAAGAAUUUCAUUGUUCAAUGUGGGAAAGGACAGUGGCAUCCAAGAGCGUUUCUGGAAGCUCAUUGACAACUUUUUCUUAUACAAGUCUCAAACGGUUACCGAAUUGGACCCAAUGACAAAGGAAAUCCAAAAGCUGCUUUCUUACAAGAAUGAGAAAGGAUGGGUUGUGCUGUGCAAAGAGGCUAGAUUGGUGUUCAGUGGUUAUGGUACAACAGUUCUGACUGUCUUGAAGAAUUUUGAAGAAUGGAGGCCGUGUUUGAAAGACAGGGUAUCCGAUUUUGAAGUAUGUCUCGAGGAACACUAUAACGAACAACUUUUUAAAGACGGUUUUCCUUGCCGCGUCUUUGACAUCCCAAAAAGUGAUGGACUGAUCCCAGAUUAUAGAAAAUGUCCUGACUGUUCCAAGGUCAUGGAGACCUCUUUCAGGUUUAAAUGCUGCGACCACAAUCAACAUGGUUUCAAAUUAAAAGUCUGCCACAAUCAUCUUGGUACCAAGGCACAGUUCAAAGGACCUAUGGAGCCUGUGAAGCUUAUGGAGCCUAUGAUGUCAUAUGCAGGGGCAGAGUAA